AUGGCCAGGCGACAGCUCCUCUACGCGUUCUUUCUGGAGCCAGUCGAUUGGCUAUUUCAGCUGGCUGGGUUCAUAGCAUUCCUCGUCCUUCUAAUACUUGUUGUGACGGAUACGCGACAGUACUCCUGGUUCAUUGUAUUCACACCGAUGUUCAUUGCCAAUGGCUUAUCGGCCUAUUUUCAGACCAUGGUGUAUUUCGGACUGCUCUACGACGGCUACACGCGUGAGGCUCACAGGCGAAUUGCGUGGAUCACGAUGCUGCUGGUGCUGCUGACGUUGUUUGAAGUGCUGCUCGCCAAUCACCUGAACGGAGGAGAUACCAGUAUCGGCGGUGCCCUUGCGCCGAUGAUUAUCCUCUUUAUUGCGUUACUGCUGCGCUUCCUGUCUGCGCUGGCCAGAGGCAGAGUAUAG